AUGGUAGGACUGGCAACUUGUAAGACUUGUGGAAAUGUAAGUGGUGAAGGUCAGGAGCACGGCCCUGUGUUCCUGAUGGAGCCUCCUCCUCGGCUGGUGUUCUCCAACACGACGGGGGCGCGGGCCUCGUGCGCUGCUCACGGGUUUCCCUCACCACAGAUAGCCUGGCAACAACCCGAUGGACAACAGCUUGACGAUGUACCCGGACUUAGGUUCAUUGUUGUCCAACAACCAAAUCCGUAUGACACACAGUAUGUGAGGCGUAAUAAGAUGCUUCCGUUCCCAACUCCUGAUACGUCUCGAGGCUUCAUUCAAUACCAAGAAGCCAGGCAGUACUCUCGAAAAUGUGGGAGAGCCAUGCUUCGGCACGAAUGGGCCGGCUCGUUAGGAGUUAUCACUCCGAUCUACCAUGGCUUACCGAGGUUACUGGAGGCCCGUUCCUUCCCCCCAACUGAUAUCCGAGGCCGAUCCGAAUUCAUUCCGUAG